AUGUCCACUGGUAACGAAUCAUACAAUCUCAGAUAUCCAAAAGGCUUCAAAGGCUACCCAUACAACAUGUACAAAUUAGAGGGUUACGGUACACCAAAAGGUUACAUCACUUUAAUUGGUGUUGUUGCUACCCUUACUGUUAGUGGCCUCUUCUUUGCCAAAACAAGAUCCAACAAACGUGAAUACCCAACUCAUAACAAAGAAUGGAGAGCUAAAACUUUAGCAUAUGCCAAAGAAACCAAUGCUGAUCCAAUCUACCAAUUACCAAAAGAUAAAAUCUAA